AUGUUAACCAGCAAGCGGAAACGACAAUCGCAGGACGAAUCCGACGAGGAGUCCAUAGCAGGGCCGUCGCGACUCUCGGACGAUGAAGAUGAGAUAGAUAUAUCUUCUGCCCUCGUCUCGGGGGGACGGCCUCCAAACGCAGAGUUGGAGGCAAAUAGCGACGACGACAAUGAGGACGCCCUCAACGAGCUAAUUGCGAGUUCUAUCGCGAAACGGAAUAUCAAGAGCGGGACAGAACUCUUAAAGAAGGUCAAGGGGAAGGGCAAGAUGAUCAAGGGUGAAGUGGGAGGUGGCAGCUUUCAGAGCAUGGGUCUACACCCAUCGCUAUUGCGGUCGUUGACAUUGCAGGGAUUUCGCAUACCUACUCCGAUCCAACGGCUGGCUAUCCCUUUACUCCUGGCGAAUCCCCCGCGCGAUCUAGUUGGCAUGGCUCGAACGGGCUCUGGUAAAUCGCUAGCUUACAUGAUUCCUCUUGCUCAGAGACUAGGGGGGCGCCAUUCUACUGCUUUUGGUGCCAGGGCUUUAAUCAUGCUGCCUACUCGCGAGUUGGCCUUACAGGUGCUAAAAGUGGGGAAAGAGCUGACGAGAGGAUGGCAAGGAGGAGGUCAGAGCGAUCAUGCUGGAGAUAGCAGGGACAAUGAGGACGGGAAGAAGGGUCAGAGUCUGCGCUGGGGUAUGAUUGUUGGUGGAGAAGGACUGGACGAACAAUUCGAGAUGAUGACAAGUAAUCCCGACGUGAUCAUUGCUACACCCGGACGAUUGCUACAUCUUUUGGUUGAGAUGAACCUUGACCUCAAGUCGAUACAAUAUGUGGUUUUCGAUGAGGCGGACCGACUGUUCGAGAUGGGCUUCGAGACGGCACUAACGGAAAUCAUCCAGCGUCUGCCUACCACGAGACAAACCCUCCUGUUCUCCGCCACGCUUCCAAAAUCACUAGUCGAGUUUGCGAAGGCUGGAUUGCAGGAUCCGAAGCUUGUGCGACUCGAUGCGGAGAGCAAGAUCAGCUCCGAUCUCAAAAUGGCGUUUUUCUCGGUGAAGCAAGCUGAGAAGGAUGCGUGUCUGCUAUCCCUGCUUCGAGACGUGAUCAAAGUACCAUUGGGGAAGCCGGAAGCAGAGGGAAAAGGCGAGGAUAAUGCCCCGGAUCGCAAAAAGAAAAAGUUUCACCACAUGGAGCGCGUUACGGCUCCGCACCAGACACUCGUGUUUGCUGCUACUAAGCAUCAUGUCGAGUACCUCCAGAAUCUACUCUCUACUGCAGGAUACGCCGUCUCCCACAUCUAUGGUUCGUUGGAUCAAGCUGCUCGAACGCACCAAAUGGACCUGUUCCGCCGAGGGAUGACCAGUAUUCUGGUGGUCACUGAUGUAGCUGCUCGUGGUAUUGAUAUUCCGGUGCUAGAAAAUGUGGUCAACUUUGACUUUCCCCAGGGUGCCCGAGUCUUUGUUCAUCGCGUCGGGCGAACGGCGCGUGCGGGCAGGCAAGGCUGGGCUUGGUCCUUCGUAACCAACACAGAGCUGCCUUACCUCUUGGACCUACAGCUAUUCUUGGGAAGACCUCUGAAGAGUGAUACGACCGAGGACGGGGAUCAUGUUUAUACAGAAAAUCUCAUUUUAGGGACUUUCCCCCGGGAACAGAUUGACGAAGACGUGGAAUACGCUCGGUCGUUGGAAGACGUGAAUCACUCUUUGCCUUCUUUACGAGAAGUGAUGAAGCGUGGACACGCGAUGUACGAGCGCAGUAAGGGAAAGGCGAGUCCCGCCAGUUACAAGCGCGCUAAGGAAAUGACGAAGAGUCGGAAGUGGAUGCUCGCUGGUUCGGAGAGUGGCAUUCACCCUGUUCUUCUUCGCGGCUCCGAUGCGGCAGAGAAGCGUAAAGCAGAGGAGGCCCGGCAGGCUCUCCUCCGCACCGUCAACUCCUUCCAACCUUCGGAAACCGUCUUCGAAAUUGGCACGAAAGGCAAUGCAGCGACCGCUGCCUUGAUGAAAGACCGCCGGAAGGCUCUGAGCAAGUCACGAUCGAGAAUCGUUCCAGCAUUAUCCUCCGCUGCUGUUGACGAAGAUGUGGAAGCAGGUGCUACCCCUCGAGGGGAAAUGGAAAUGGCUAAUGAGGAGGAUAUCAUGUCGGCUUUCAAGUCAGAGCCUACAAGUUAUCGCGACUCAGAAUUUUACAUGUCCCACUACCAAAAGGAUGCAUUAACAGAAAAAGGGUACUCUCUGACGGACGGUGCAUCUUUUGUCGAGCAGGCCCGCGGCGCUACGUUCGACCUAGCUGGCGACGAGGGCGCCGCUGACAAGAAACGGCGGCAGCUCACUUGGGACAAGAAGAAGAAAAAGUUCAUCCAAGGCGGCGGCGUUGGCGCUGAUAACGUCAAGCUCGUCAAAACGGAAAGUGGCACCAAACUCCCAGCCACUUAUCGUAGCGGGAGAUUCGACGAAUGGAAAGCCAAGACUCGAACUGAUCUGCCGAGGACGGGAGAGGCUGAGAACGAUACAACAAGUCGUUGGGAACACGGACGAGGCGGCAAGCGUUUCAAACACAAUAAAACUGUCGAGGCCAAACCGCUUGACAAGCUGAGCAAGGACUACGACCGCAAAGUACGCCAGAUAAAGAAAAAGCAAGCCGCUGGUGGCGAAGAUACUCAGACAAGUUCUCGCCCAACCGGGAGAAAGGUGGCCCCUAGUCGUAUAAAAGGCAAAUCUGUAUCGAGGGUUAAAAACGAGCUCAAGACAGUCGACCAGAUACGCAAGCAUAGAAAAGUGGCUGACAACAGGAAGGCCAAAAAUUCCCGCCCGAGUAAAAAAGGUAGACGAUGA